CUAAGGAGGCUAUGCGACGCUGUCAAGCACAGAAGGUCAGACGCGUGCUUUUGAACGUCGGAGCUACUAGAAAGAUGAGAAAGAAAUGUGAAGCAGUACAUGGAGACGUAGCGACUUUAUGCAGCUAAGCAGUGCAGAAUAAACAAGAAUUAGCGGUAAUAGGAAAAGUACAUACUCGUAUAAUGCUGCAUUGUUAGCCCAGGAACUAUCAGAGACAGCUAGCUUCAAGGGAAGUCUCUCUUUUGGAUCUUUGCUUAAAAACAUCUUCAUCUCGUCUCCACUAUGUUUAGAAGUAUUGUCAAGUUUGGAAAUGUCCUGUCUCUCAGUAAAGUGUGUCCAAGAAGGCAACAUCCUAGGUGUGCUUUGAAAUACUCCACAGCCACAGCAGAGAGAAAGAGAUUUUAUCAAGAUGUCACCAUAUCCCAAGGUGAAGGGGGUUUAUAUGAGGUAAACCUCGACCGAAGGAAGCUAAAAACUCCAGGAGGAAAGCUGUUCACGGUGCCAAAUGAAGCCCUGGCCAUCGCCGUGGCAACCGAAUGGGAUGCUCAAAGGGAAACGCUCAAGUUCUACACGAUGCACAUGACCACUCUGUGCAACACAGCUCUGGACAAUCCUACCCAACGCAACAAGGACCAAAUGAUCAAUGCAGCUCUGAAGUUUCUGGAGACUGACACUGUCUGUUACAGAGUAGAUGAGCCCCAUGGUUUGGUUGAGCUACAGAAGAAUGAGUGGGACCCUGUGCUCCACUGGAUCGAAAAUAGAUAUAAUGUCACUAUUGGCUCCUCAUCCAGUAUUUUGGGUCCUGAGAUUCCUGAGGCAACCAGAGAUACGUUCCGGCAGCACCUUAAUUCUUACAAUUUUUGGUCUUUGACAGGUCUUGAAUAUGUGAUCACCCAGCUGAAGUCUGUUGUGCUGUCACUGGGGAUGAUUGACAGACAUCUGAGUGUGGAGCAGGCUGUGCUGUUAUCCAGACUGGAGGAGGAAUACCAGAUUCGACGCUGGGGAAAUGUGGAGUGGGCCCAUGACUACGACAUGUAUGAGCUGAGGGCACGGACGGCAGCUGGAGCUCUUUUUGUCCACCUCUCGUCUGAGAGUUCAACCAUCAAACGCAAACUUAUGCAGGACUGAGACAGAACUUACAGAGAACUCGCAGGAAAUCUACCCUCAAACAGAGAAUACCCCGAACCACCUGAGUUGUUUGAACACGUCUAUUUCCAUACAGACAAACAUCACACAUCCCAGCUGUUCUAUUUAGCAGUGACAGCUGCUCUGUCACUGAUCUGUUAUAGAGUCAUUUCAAUCCAGUAAAACACGUUGGCUGUCUUUUUUGCAAUGUUUAUAUGUCGCAGCUGCCAAGUAUGACACUCUUCACAGAGUUUCCAGACAGUUCUCAGUCAGCCGUGACAUUUUGAACACUGGCUGGAUGGUUGUUGUUGCCUGUUUGAUGGUGGAAUGUUAGUUCUCAUGCCCGCUUUUUCUGUGAAUACAGCAGAGUGCUUGUGCUUCCUAAAAGCACUCUGUCCAAUUUAUACUGUUUAGUGUUUGAUAAAGGCACUGUGCAUGUGAGAAAUAAUUAGUUGCAUUAUGUGAUACAUUCUGCAUUCAGGUUAUUUUUCAUGUAAUUAACCAACCCUGGUGUAUUUAUCAUGUUUUUGUUUUUUUUUCUGUGGUGAUGUACUGAGAAAGCCUCUUUCUUUUUCUAAGUAUUUAGAAAAAGUAGGACUUUUAGCAGAAAAAUGGACUGCACCCUCAUCCAGUGGGGUUUUGUUGCUGUUAUAGUUGACACAGAUUAAGAGAAUGAUAAAAGAAUAUUAUCUGACUGUGUGUCAUUUCAACUGAUAAUGGCAGCAAAGUUCAUCGUUAAAUAAAAUCUGAAUGAUUCAAAGCCUU